AUGGAUUGUCCAACUCGAUGGAAUUCAACUUACAUAAUGUUAGAGAGUGCAAUUAAAUUUUACAGCGUUUUUGAGAGGAUGGAGCAGCAAGAUAAUGAUUAUAGAAACUUCUUCUUGGAUAAAAAUUUGAUUGGUCCCCCUAAUGAAAAUGAUUGGAAGGAUGCAAAAGAUUUUGUGAUCUUUUUAAAGGUGUUCUAUGAUAUUACUUUGCAAUUUUCAGGAUCACUUUAUGUGACCUCAAAUGUUUGCUUUCAACAAAUAGUUGAUGUCUUUGCAGUUUUAUAUGAAAGUGCAAACAAUCAUGAUUCCUUGCUUUGUGGUAUGGCUAAGAGCAUGUUGAUCAAGUAUAAUAAGUAUUGGGGGAACUUAGAGAAACUUAAUCUUUUGCUUGUGGUAGCAGUGGUACUUGACCCAAGGUAUAAAAUGAAAUAUUUGCAGUUUGCUUUUGAGGAUAUGUUUCCUGAGGCUACACAACGUGAAGCUAUGACAAAAAAGGUCUCAGAUGUCUUAUAUCGUUUGUAUGAUCAUUAUUUAAGUGGGGUUGACACAUCUCAGACUCAAAGUCAGAGUCAAAGUCAGACACAAGGAGCAAGUGAAAGUAGUUUGACUCAAUCACUUGGAUCAGAUCAUAGGCCUUUAACUUUCUUAACUUCUAGGUUUAGGGCUUCAUUUCAAAGGUUUCUCGCCCAAAAAGAGACUGAGAUUCAAGCAGAUAAGUAUGCAGAGGUGGACAAGUAUUUGCAUGAUGAGUUAGCUGAAGCACUUGAUCCAAAUUUUGACAUUUUAACGUGGUGGAAAUUGAAUUCGGCUAAAUAUAAAGUCCUUUCAUUGAUUGCACGUGAUGUAUUGGCCAUGCCUGUUUCCACUGUGUCUUCAGAAUCUGCAUUUAGCACAGGAGGUUGUGUAAUUGAUGAUUUUAGGAGCUCCCUAUCUCCAAAGAUGGUCGAGGCACUAAUUUGUGCCCAAAACUGGCUAUCUCCAUCAACUGCAAAAUUGAAGGGUGUUGACGUUGAUAAUUUUAACGAUACAGAGCAAGCUGUGGAAGAAGAAUCAUUGGCUUCAAAUAUCUCAGUUGAAGAGGAAGAGCAAUGA